CAUUCACAGUUGUAUUGCAAACACAUAUUAGUUGUGAAUCAAGUGUUUCAAUACAUUCAUCACAAAUGUUGUGCUGUUGUGGCCACUGAUUGCAUACUAACGGAGCCCACGGGUGUCCAACCAUUGGCCGCACCGACCGACACACCAUAUCAUCAAAUGGACUCGCAGUCCAUCAUCACUCAAGUGACCAGAGAUGAGUGCAAAGACACACACGAAGGCAUUCAUGAAUACAGAUCUGAUUCAGAAACAGCCUUCAAGAUAAUCAAAAAGCCUAAACAUAAAAGUAUUUUGAAUACACUUUUAUGUUGUUUUCGGCCCAACUAUAAUCACGACAACUCAUUACACUCAGAGGAAAACGGACAGUACUUUCCUAAGUCACAGGGAAAGUAUUUGUUGCCAUCUAUUAAAAGUCAAGACUCGCAUAAAAUAUGUUUAGUUAUCGAUUUGGACGAAACAUUAGUCCACUCCUCAUUCAAACCCAUCAGUAAUGCCGAUUUCAUAGUUCCUGUUGAAAUAGACGGUACUAUACAUCAGGUUUAUGUCCUGAAGAGGCCAUAUGUCGACGAGUUCUUGCAGAGAAUGGGAGAACUCUAUGAAUGUGUAUUAUUUACCGCCAGUUUAGCCAAAUACGCCGAUCCCGUUGCCGAUCUUUUAGACAAAUGGGGUGUAUUUAGAGCGCGUCUCUUCAGGGAGUCGUGUGUUUUCUAUAGAGGAAACUAUGUUAAGGAUUUGGGUCGUCUCGGGAGAGAUUUAAAUAAAGUUGUUAUUGUAGACAACUCUCCCGCAUCCUAUAUUUUUCAUCCGGAUAAUGCUGUGCCGGUCGCUUCCUGGUUUGACGAUAUGACCGACAGCGAGCUAAGCGAUUUGAUACCGUUUUUCGACAAAUUAAGUAAAGUUGAAAACGUCUAUUCAGUUCUCAGGAAUGCCAAUAAUAGCCUGAACUCGAGUGCAAACAAUAUUCAGCAACAAUUGGCUGCUAACAGAGCGCCAAUCAAUUUAGUGAACAACCUGUCGCCGACUACUACUUCAUGUCUACAACCCAUCCAUCAAAUACAGAAUGGAUCGACACCACCACCAUCUUAGUUGUUGCUAUUAUUGUUAAUAAUAAUUGUGUUUAACAAAGAAAACAUGAAAAAAUCGAUUGGUUUUUUUUGUUAUUGAUUACAUAUAUAUACUCUCAACUCAUUUGACGAACUGUUUUAUUAUAAACCCAUACACGGAUCCAGUUGUUUGUUUUGUUACCUCUUUUGUUUGAAAGUUAUCAUCAUUUAAAUGAUUGUUUGUCUUUAAAAGCUUUUAACGAUAUUCAGCAGAUCGUGGUUUUUUAUAAAUGAAUGAUAAUAAUAAUGAACUUCUUUAUUAUAAUUACUACACAUUUGCCUUUUAAUACCGUCCAUAAUAACGAUAAUAGAGUUGUUAAUAAUGAUGAUAAAUAAUAGCUUCUAAUUAAAAGGUUGUUUAUGUUUGACUUAACUUUAUAUAUAUAUACAUAUAUAUAAAUAACACACAA